AUGACAUCUUUACUUCCCACAGGAAAGCAGAUCAACCUGCAGUUGGGGUGGCCAUCUCCUUCUUUGUUCCCUUCCGCGGAACUAAAUGCGGGCGCAAAUUCUGUUCUCACAGACUUCAACACUGCUAGUGCUUCCUUGAUUUACGGUCCCAACCGGGGGUACGUCCCCUUUCGAAAGGAAUUGGCGCGAUGGUUGGGCUCCCAAUACCAUAACGAUCCCCAAGCCAUCGACGAGGGUCGUGUGUGUAUUUCUGGCGGAGCUUCACAGAAUCUCGCCAACACUCUCCUCCGGUUCACAGAUCCAACAUACACCAGAUGUAUAUGGAUGGUGGAGCCAACAUACUUCCUGGCUUGCCCUGUUUUCGAGGACUGUGGAUUCAUCGGUAAACUGCGGGGUGUUCCCGAGGACGACGAAGGCAUCGACUUGGAUUUCUUGAGAGCGGCUCUGGUCGAAGCAGAGGCAAUUUUUGCUAGAAACGGCGGGCCUGGCACUCCGGAGCUCAAGACACCAGCAAAUGGAUAUGAGAAGAUCUUUAAGCACGUCAUCUACGUGGUACCGACAUUUUCAAAUCCCAGUGGCAAGACCAUGUCUUUGCAGCACCGAUAUGAUCUUGUUCGAUUGGCAAUUGAAUAUGACGCGCUGAUCAUCUCGGAUGAUGUGUACGACUUUCUCUCCUGGCCAGAAGACAAGGGAGUCAUCCUCAACGGAGCCAGACUAAGUCUUCCCCCAAGGCUGGUGGACAUCAAUCAAAAGGUCGAUCCUGAUAGCAAAUGGGGAAAUACGAUGAGCAAUGGCUCCUUUUCCAAGAUCGUCGCUCCCGGGACAAGGGUAUCAUGGGCAGAAGGCACACCCGCAUUCGCAACCUUUCUGGCAAAUACUGGCUCAACGACCUCAGGCGGAAACCCUGCCCACCUUGCUUCAACUUUCAUCGAGAAAAUGCUCUCUUCUGGUGCACUUGAAGCCCAUAUCCAAAACAAGCUAAUUCCCUACUAUUCGGCACGGUAUUAUGCCAUGGUCGAUGCCAUUCGAGAAUAUCUGGAACCUCUCGGAGUGCAGAUCACUACAGGGAAACCCUAUUCAACUGACAGCAUCAAAGCUGCCGGUGGAUUCUUCCUACUCAUCACCUUGCCUAAGGGCUUGCCUCCUACCCCAGUGCUGGCAAAGAUUUCUUUGGAACAACAUGAACUGAAAUUUGCAUAUGGCAAAAUGUUCGAGGUGAAGGGGGAUAGUGGGAGUAAAAAAAGAUCGGAAUUGGGAUUUGGAAGCACUAUUAGACUGUGCUGGGCAUUUCACGAAGAGAAUGUUAUUGUGGAAGGAAUUAAGCGAAUGAGGGACAUAUUGAUAGAAUGCAAGGAGAAGGUUUAG